AACAGAUCUUCAUAUCAGUCUCUGAUCUCUGAAACUUCAUCAACAAGGUCAGACUCGCACCAUUUCUUGGCGCGGGAUAGUAAUUUUUCAAAUGCAUUAAUCUAACUUCCACUUUUGAAUUCUAGUUUUUAGUUUUUAAAUUUAGCUGUUCAUCAUUUUCAUGGCAUCCACGAGCAAGGUUAAUUCUAAAGAAGACGAUGAAGUUGAAGAGGAGGAGUUGGAACGGUUUGAUGAUUUCACACUUGCUUCCUCAUGGGAGAGGUUCAUAUCUGAAAUAGAAGCAAUUUGUCGGCAGUGGUUGGCUGAUGGACCAAAGAAUUUACUGGAAAAGGGAGCAGUUCCGUUGGCUUCUUCAAAGAGCAUAUAUAAGAUUAAAUCUGACUUGAAGUACUUUAUGAAAAACUACUGCAUGGAGUACUAUUUCGAGAUUAACAAUAAUGGUACUCAAAGUGCAGGCAAAGUCCCAAAUUGGGAUUCGACUUUGCAUGAUUUGCAGUUGUGUUUUGGAGUAAAGGAAUUUUUGGUGAUUGCUCCUCAAAGUGCCAGUGGUGUGGUGCUUGAUGCACCAGAGGCUAGCAAGCUUUUAAGUGCAAUUGCAAUAGCUUUGUCAAAUUGUUCCAGUUUGUGGCCAGUGUUUGUUCCAGUGCAUGAUCCUUCUCGAAAUGCAUAUAUUGGAAUCCAAAAUAUGGGAACAGUUUUUACUAGGAGGUUUGAGGCAGAUCGUAUAUAUAGCCAGGUUCCAGUGAGACUCAUGCAUUUGGAAGGCUUGUACGAGUUGUUUGUUUCCAAGUUUGCCUACGCCACAUUGGACUUCUCAAUGCAUCUUUUCAAAGUUCGGUUUACAAUGAAGCUAACUUACCAAACACUUCCCUAUGAUGAUGAUGAUAUAAGAGGAGCUGAUGCUGAAAAUGCAGAAUCUGAUGAUUAUCCUGGUGAGAUCAGCAACCGAAAACAGUGGGAUGAUGAUUGUCCUUGGAGUGAAUGGUAUUCUGCGGAAGACCCGAUAAAAGGAUUUGGUUUGAUUGCCUUAUGGUCAGAGAAGAUGGUUGAAAGCUCACUGGAAAUGGCUGAAUUGGAAAAUGCUUCACCUCAUGAGGCUGAGAAGUGGAUUUUAUUCCCAACUAUAUACGAAAGUUCAAAAGGAAAUAGCAUUGGUUUCGCUUCACAAUUGGGCCUUUUGAUUGAUGCAUUGAAUAUGUCUUUUGAGGCUCAAUUUAUGGAGGAUUUUGUCUCAGCUGAAAAUCCUGGUUCUGAUAAUUUGAAGUCCUCAAUGGUUAUACCCUCACCAACAGUUGUUGAUCGUGUGCUUAAAGAACUCUUUCAUGAGGGAUCAAAACUACCAGAUUAUGCUAAAGGGAAGCAUAAGAGUUCUCGAUUUAUUAAAGGCGCGCCCUUUGAAUCUCUUUUUGCACAGUUUUGUUUACACUCCUUGUGGUUUGGCAACUGCAACAUACGAGCUAUUGCCAUGCUCUGGAUAGAAUUUGUUCGAGAAAUUCGUUGGUGUUGGGAAGAGUCACAACCAUUGCCCAAAAUGCCAGCCAAUGGUUCAAUUGACUUAUCAACUUGUUUGAUUAACCAGAAACUACAAAUGCUUGCCAUUUGCAUUGACAAGAAGCGUGAACUGAAUGAAGACUUUCAAGAUUGUUUUGGAAGCGAAGAGCAAUCUGUUGGUGAUAUUGAGGAAGAUGGUCAAGUUGUGGAGGGUUCAACCAAUUUGCAACAAGCCAAUGAAAACUUAGACCAGAAACGUGACAGUCAGUCGACAGAAGAGGGUUUGCAUGGAUCUGGUACAACUACACCAAGGUCUAAUACAAAGGCUGAAGAUGUGAUGUCUACUGAAAAAAAGCCUGAAGAUGUGAUGUCUACUGAAAAAAAGCCUGAAGAUGUGAUAUCUACUGAAAAGAAGCCUGAAGAUGUGAUGUCUACUGAAAAGAAGCCUGAAGAUGUGAUGUCUACUGAAAAAAAGCUUGAAGAUGUGAUAUCUACUGAAAAGAAGCCUGAAGAUGUGAUGUCUACUGAAAAAAAGCCUUCAGAUAGUAUUAGGAGGGGCUCAGCUGGUGUUGUGGGGUCUAUGAUGCUUCUGAAGUCAUACCGAAACAUGCAUGCCCCUUUCACACAGGAUGCACCACUUAUGACGGAAGACAUGCAUGAAGAACGUCUGCGUGCUGUUGAAGCCUUAGGUGAUUCAUUUGACUUUUCUGCUCAGUUGGAGAGAGAUAUUUUAUCAUCAGAUAUGUCAGCAUUUAAAGCAGCAAACCCAGAUGCUGUUUUUGAAGAUUUUAUCAGGUGGCAUUCCCCUGGAGAUUGGGUCAACGAUGAAAGUGAAGGAAAUGGCGCAUCCGGAGUUCUUACAACAGAGGGUUCACAGGAUAAUUGGCCUCCUCGAGGACUACUUUCACAGCGAAUGUCUGAGCAUGGGAACUUGUGGCGAAAAAUUUGGAAUGAUGCCCCCACUUUGCCUGCUUCUGAGCAGAAGCCACUCUUGGAUCCAAAUCGGGAAGGAGAAAAGAUCCUUCAUUACCUUGAAACGUUGCAACCCCAUCAGCUGCUUGAACAAAUGGUUUGCACUGCCUUCAGAGCAUCAGCUGACGCACUAAAUCAGACUCAUUUUGGAGCUUUGAAGCAGAUGACAAUGAAAAUAGAGCAACUCUAUGUUACUAUGGCAUCUGCACUGAAGCCUUUGCAAGUGAAUAAUUUAUCUGGUGACAGCGAGACUAUAGAAGACCUAAGACGGCUUUGUGUUUUCUUUGAGCACAUUGAGAAGCUGUUAAUUCUUGCAGCUUCUCUUCAUCGUAAGUUCUUGCAUGCACCGCGCCUCACUGAAGCAAUUUUUAAUGACUACUACAACUUUUACCUUCCAAAAAUGGGAAUGAGCUCAAAGGAAGUCGAUGUUCAAACGGAUUUUGAAAUGAAGCUGCCAGUGAGGAACCACGAGAGAGAGGUUAUAUCGAAUAUGUUCACACCGCCCACUGCUAAUCAAUCAUGGAGAAAAGUUUUGAGCAUGGGUAAUCUUCUGAACGGGCAUGAACCGGUCCUCAGGGAAAUUAUAUUUUCCAUGAACGAUCACGCGAACAACAGUCAUUAUGCGGCCAACACUCCAGGGGUUUAUCAACAAGAAAUAGAAACAUAUCGAAUGUAUACAUGUGGAACCUCAAAUGAUCUUCGUGUUGCUCUUUCUGUUACCUCAUGUGAUUGAUUGAAUCUCUUCCAAAUCAUGUACAUUAUUCAUUUAAUUAUU